UAUCACGUUGCAUUAUCAGUUGACAGUGAAAUGUCGCGGCCGCGCCGGUUACGUUCCUUGUCGGUUUCGACUUGUCCAAACGGCGCAAAAUCGUAGCCGUUGUGGUCGAAGUACCCAGGUUCCUUUCAUCGAUACUACUUAGGUACUUUUUCCUCGUCCCGUCGACCGUCGUUGAACUGCUGUUUGCCAACCGUCGUGUCCCGGAUGCACUCGUCCCGACCGGAAAAUGACCAAUUCUCUGUACGUCAUGAUCACAUGCGUCAAGCUGCUCCUGCUGCCGUCCUAGUGAGUGCGACGCUGUGUGGAUCGUGUGUCUGUGGCCCACAGUUGAUUCUCGCUGCCGUGGCCACGGUCGGCGGUUUUUUUUUGAAAUACGGAAAGCGUAGCGUUCCUCGGACCCCGCGCAACCUCGCCGAGACACCGAUCGUGCUCGGUGAAAUCGACCAUCGAAGCGCCACGCUAUACCGUUGUUUGCCGUACGCUUAAACAUCGUCUCUAUGUGUAUCGUUAGUAUCGUUGAGCAUACGAUGGUAUCAGUAGUGUGCGGCAACGUUGUUUGGCGAGGGACGCGCACGGCCCCUAGGCCCUGCGAUUCACCUUUGUCCACCGUGACCCGAGCCACAGAUGUGUUAUAAUGCGGUCAUAUGAUUCAAGUCCACAUUUUUCAACCGAUUUCGAGGUUCAUCGUAAUUGGCUAGCGACCACAUACAGUCUUCCCUUAAACCAGUGGUACACGGCCAAACACUCGCAAUGGACAAUCGAUUAUCCGCCGUUGUUCGCAUGGUUCGAAUACUUCUUGGCUCAAAUUGCAGCUUUUGUCGACAUUGACAUGUUAUCGAUACACAAUAGUAACUAUUCCUCCAAUGCCACUGUAUUCUUUCAGCGGCUUAGCGUUAUCAUAACCGAUUUUGUGUUCUACUAUGGAUCUCGAAAGUGCGCACAGUCUAUUGCAUCAUUAGUAAAAUCACCCAAGAUUAAUAAGAAAAAAUAUAUGGAUGAAAAGGAAAUCUCAAUUUUUGUCAUUGAACUCUUAUUAAUAGCAAAUAUAACAUUAUUGCUUAUUGAUCAAAUACAUUUUCAGUACAAUGGUUUUCUUUUUGGAAUUUUACUUAUAUCCAUAUCACAUAUUUUAAAGGGUGAAAACUAUAGGGGUGCAUUCUGGUUUACAGUCUUGUUAAAUUUCAAGCACAUUUAUUUGUACUUGGCUCCAGCCUAUUUUAUUUUUCUACUUAGACAUUUCUGUCUUAAACAUGGUUUAAGAUUAGCAUUAAAACGAUUUAUAAAUUUAGGAAUAAUUGUUCUUAGUGUAUUUAGUAUCUCUUUUGGACCUUUUGUACUCAAUGGUCAAAUUACACAGGUUUUCAAACAACUAUUUCCAUUCAAACGUGGUUUAUCCCACGCGUAUUGGGCACCAAACUUUUGGGCUUUGUAUAAUACAGCUGAUGUUGGUGCAAAAAUUACAUAUAAAGACUUAAAUAAAAUCAACAAUAAUUCAGUAUCAAUGACUAGAGGUUUGGUUCAAGAAUUUGAACAUUCUGUUUUACCAUCAAUUACUCCCCAUAUUACUUUUAUUUUAACAAUACUUUUUAUGUUGCCAUGUUUAUAUAAACUUUGGAAAUCUACUAGAAACCCAAUCAGUUUCGUAAGAUGUCUUGUAUUAUGUGGCUUAACUUCAUUUAUGUUUGGUUGGCAUGUUCACGAAAAAGCGCUACUGCUAGCAGUCAUACCUUUGACGUUAUUGGUAUUCACUUCUUCAAAUGAUUGCUCUAUGUUUACAAUUCUAUCAACGCUAUGUACAUACUCGGUUUUCCCUUUGUUAUUUAAGCCAUUUGAGUUCAUUACGAAAUCAUUGUUACUUUUAAUUAAUGUUUCUUUUUUAUAUAAUUCUGGUAAAUUCAAGUCAUUAAAUCAUAUAGAAAAAUUAUAUUUAAUAAGCCUUGGGCCAUUGAUGUUGUUGACUGAAGUUGGAUGGAUGGUUUUAAAGUUUGAACAGAGGUAUCCAUUCCUUCCAUUGAUGCUUACAUCAUUCCAUAAUAGCUUAGGUGUAUUUUAUUGUUGGGUAAAAUAUUAUUUAUUUUAUAUUUACAACUAGAUUAAACCAAGUUAAGUUUUUAAUUAUUACUCAUAUAUUGU